AUGUCUCGGAGUCAGUCGAGUCUGGGAUACCUGGACUCGAAUCGGGAGGAUCUUGCAGGAUCGGGCGUCUCUCCUGGACAACAACAGCCGUCUUCAGCAUCGGGCCCCAUAAAUUUGUCAGGUCUGGUGUGUAAUGUUCGCCGGACAACUGGGAGAGAACCGCAUCCGUUGGUAGGUGCGACUACAACUAUAUUAGGCGAUAAGCUUUACGUUUUUGGCGGUCGUGUUCUCUCAAAAAGCCGCCCACAAUUGACGUCCGACAUAUAUGAGCUGGACCUGAUUCGGCGUCACUGGAUAAAGAUCGAUGCCACCGGUGAUAUUCCCCGUCCGCGAUAUUUUCACAGUGUCUGUGCUCUUGGAGACAACAAGCUGGUGUGUUAUGGUGGUAUGUCACCCAAGGAUACCACAUCCAAUGGCUCUACGGGACAGGAGACGCAGCCAGAGGUGGUGGUAAUGUCUGAUAUACAUAUAUUCGAUGUGCCUUCCCGAACAUGGACUCGAGUUCCUGCUACCGACACGCCCCAGGGACGAUAUGCCCAUUGUGCGACAAUCUUGCCUUCCAGUGCUCACUUUACGUCCGCAACUGCGCCUCUUUCGGCUAUCCACCACAACCCCGCAUCGUCAAAUCCUCACCAGGGCUCGAUCGGCGUGGACAUCGAUGGUUCUGGUGGUGCAGAAAUGGUGGUGGUGGGAGGGCAGGACAGCUCCAAUCAUUAUAUUGAGCAGAUCAGCGUGUUCAACCUUCGCAGUCUGAAGUGGACCAACACAAGCCCCCUAGGAAGAAGUUGCGGCGCUUAUCGUAGUGUGGUUGCCCCAUUGGCCGGUAUAAAGGUCUCGGACAUCGGGUCUGCUUCCAUCGAUAAAGAAGCACAUGAGUCCGUGGAGGAGUCGCAAGUAGAGGGAUGCCCUAUGCUGAUCUAUUCGAACUACAACUUCCUAGAUGUUAAACUAGAGCUUCAGCUGCGCUUACCAGAUGGCCGCUUGGUUGAGAAGCCGAUGCAGAACCAAGCAUCGCCCCCCGGCUUGAGGUUCCCAAGCGGAGGCGUUAUCAACGGACACUUUGUGGUCAGUGGCACGUAUCUUACCUCCUCCAAGCAGGAAUACGCCCUGUGGGCACUUGACCUGAAGACGCUCACCUGGGGCCGUAUCGAUGCUGGUGGGACAGUGUUCGGUCAGGGAAGCUGGAACCGCGGAGUCCUGUGGGCGAGAAGGAACACUUUCGUGAUUCUCGGCCAUCGGAAGCGUAGUCUGGUUGAGGAUUACAACCACCGACGACUCAAUUUCUCGCACGUGUGCAUGGUCGAGUUGGAAGCAUUCGGACUCUACAAUAACCCGUGCAGAACAGCUCCGACAUCCGGAUACAUCUCUCAUAGCUCCCCUGCCGUCCCCGCAUCUCUUCACCCCAAGUUGGCUAAAUUAACAUCUGGUGGAAGACCAUUCUCAUCCGCCUCAGACGAACUGGGGAGACUAGCCCAAUCUCUCCCCGAGAUGACGGAUAUGGAGCUUCAAGCGGUGGGAGGCGAGCGCAUUCCGGUCAACUCACGAAUCCUGACUAGAAGAUGGGGACCGUACUUUAUCCAACUUCUGCGGGAAUCCUCUGACAAUGGGGUCUCCGACUCUGCCACACUGCGUCCAGCGCUCCAGAUGUAUCCAAACCGUAACUCCAGCAUCACAAUUACCCCGUCAAUCGGCCCGAAUAGCACCUAUUCCAACGCCACUACUCUCGUCAACAAUCAUUCAAACCCCUCCAAGUCAUUGUUAGCGAAUCUUGAGAUACCCUCUGCCCAUAGUUUACCUCCCACAUCUAGACCCCGCGUGCUGUACUUGCCUCAUACCUACCUCACCCUACAGGUCCUCGUCUACUACUUCUACACGUCUUCCCUCCCACCCGCGGGCUCCUCCCUCUGCACGCCCCAAAUUCUCUGCUCCCUUCUCCAGCUUGCGCGACCGUACCAAGUGGACGGUCUCCUGGAAGCCACCGUCGAAAGACUACACCAAGCCCUUGACGGACGCAACGCUGCCGCCGUUUUCAAUGCCGCCGCCAUGGCCGCAGGUGGCGGCAGAGGCACCGGAUUCACCAGCGGACCAGGAGGUACUCUGGAAGCCCUGAACGGCGUCCACGGCAGCACCGACUCCGCCGCCGGCACAGGAACAGACACAUCACACAGCCACCUCACGUCGGACUCUUCAGACACGGAACACGGCACAUCCGGCAUCUCCGUCGCAAGCAGUACCAGUGGCGCCGCCAGCGGCUCCAGAGGCAUCCCCCUCCGCAUCAAUACCAACAUCUUCAGCCGUCGCCAGCGCAACACGACCAACCUCGAACGCGAACGCGACGACUCCAUCAGCAACGCCAGCACGGCCACCUCCGCUUCCACGAACACCAGCUUCGACCACUCCGACACCGACGACGCUACCCACUCCCACCGUCGUCGCAACACAGAUGCCGAGCUCCGCCCCAACCGCGAGAUCUGGACCGGCGACCUCAGCAGUGUCAUCGGCCUGCAAAAGCGCGGCCUCCGCGGCCUCAUGGAGGGUCGUCGACUGCGCGAACGCAGCGCCAAACCGGCGAGCACAAGUGGCCCCGUAUCUAUUCCUCCAGAAAACCCUCCGUCGGCAGGAGCCGUUUGA